GUGAAGUCGCCGCACGCUACGUUCCCAGGAGGCUGUGCGCGCCCCUCGCUUCCUCCGGAAUAUUCUGAGUGGGCGCGUGGACUGCUGCCUGCGUAGUGGCUAUGGCUCUCCACGUCCCCAAGGCCCCGGGCUUUGCCCAGAUGCUCAAGGAGGGAGCGAAGCAUUUUUCAGGGUUAGAAGAGGCUGUGUACAGGAACAUACAGGCUUGCAAGGAGCUUGCCCAGACAACUCGUACAGCAUAUGGACCAAAUGGAAUGAACAAAAUGAUUAUCAACCACCUGGAGAAGUUGUUUGUGACAAAUGAUGCAGCGACUGUUUUAAGAGAGCUAGAAGUACAGCAUCCUGCUGCGAAAAUGAUUGUAAUGGCCUCUCACAUGCAAGAGCAAGAGGUUGGAGAUGGCACAAACUUUGUACUGGUUUUUGCUGGAGCUCUUCUAGAAUUAGCUGAAGAGCUUCUGAGACUUGGCCUGUCAGUUUCAGAGGUCAUAGAAGGUUAUGAAAUAGCUUGCAAAAAAGCCCAUGAGAUUCUUCCUGACUUGGUAUGUUGUUCUGCAAAAAAUCUUCGGGAUGUUGAUGAAGUGUCAGCUCUACUUCAUACCUCCAUAAUGAGUAAACAAUAUGGUAAUGAAGCAUUUCUGGCCAAACUUAUUGCUCAGGCAUGUGUAUCUAUUUUUCCUGACUCUGGCCACUUCAAUGUUGAUAACAUCAGAGUUUGUAAGAUUCUGGGCUCUGGUAUCCAUUCCUCUUCAGUAUUGCAUGGCAUGGUGUUUAAGAAGGAAACUGAAGGUGAUAUAACAUCUGUCAAAGAUGCAAAAAUAGCAGUGUACUCUUGUCCUUUUGAUGGAAUGAUAACAGAAACUAAGGGAACGGUAUUGAUAAAGACUGCUGAAGAAUUGAUGAAUUUUAGUAAGGGAGAAGAAAAUCUCAUGGAUACGCAAGUCAGAGCUAUUGCUGGUACUGGUGCAAAUGUCGUAGUAACAGGUGGCAAAGUGGCAGACAUGGCUCUUCAUUAUGCAAACAAAUACAAUAUCAUGUUGGUGAGGCUGAACUCAAAAUGGGAUCUCAGAAGAUUAUGUAAAACGGUUGGUGCUACAGCUCUUCCUAGAUUGACGCCUCCUGUCCUCGAAGAAAUGGGACAUUGUGACAGUGUUUACCUCUCAGAGGUUGGAGAUACGCAGGUGGUUGUUUUUAAGCAUGAAAAGGAAGAUGGUGCCAUUUCUACCAUAGUGCUUCGAGGCUCUACAGACAAUCUGAUGGAUGAUAUAGAGAGGGCAGUAGAUGAUGGUGUUAAUACUUUCAAAGUUCUCACAAGGGAUAAACGUCUUGUGCCCGGAGGUGGAGCAACAGAAAUUGAGUUAGCCAAACAGAUCACAUCGUAUGGAGAGACAUGUCCUGGACUUGAACAGUAUGCCAUUAAGAAGUUUGCUGAGGCAUUUGAAGCUAUUCCCCGGGCACUGGCGGAAAACUCUGGAGUUAAGGCCAAUGAAGUAAUCUCUAAACUUUACGCAGUACAUCAAGAAGGAAAUAAAAAUGUUGGAUUAGAUAUUGAGGCUGAAGUUCCUGCUGUAAAGGACAUGUUGGAAGCUGGUGUUCUAGAUACUUACCUGGGAAAAUACUGGGCUAUCAAACUGGCUACUAAUGCUGCUGUCACUGUACUUAGAGUGGAUCAGAUCAUCAUGGCAAAACCAGCCGGUGGGCCCAAGCCUCCAAGUGGGAAGAAAGACUGGGAUGAUGACCAAAAUGACUGAAUGGCUAGAUUUUUACUGUAGGUGAAGGCUAUGUUUGUAGUAGUACUCUAGGAAUUGCCUGAUGUUUUCAUAUUCUCCUAAAUUAAGAAGUGUUUUGUGUAUCUUGUAUUCUCGGCUGGAUGAUACAAUAAACAUGUUGUUACUAUCAAAGCCUCUUUGAGGACCACUGUUCUUGGAUCUGGAUGACCUGUUUUGUCUCAGCCUUGUUAAUGAAAUGAGCUGUGGCACUUAAGGCAAGUCACCUAAGUUAUUAGGGGCCUGUUUGCAAUAUAAAUCUGGCCUGCUGCCUGUUUUUAUACAUAAGUUUUACUGGAACACAGCCAUGAUCAGGUAUUUAUAUAUUGCCUAUGGCUGCUUUCUACAAGGGAAUGGCAGAGUUGGGUAGCUGUGACAGAGACCAAGUGGCCUUCAAGGCCUAAGACAUUUAGGCCUUGACAUUUACUUAGGCCUAAGACAUUUACUACCUAUAGGAAGUCUGUCAGUCCCUGGACUAGAUGUAUUUUUUCAUAGCUCUGAAAAUCCCUAAGACGGAGGUGACUUGUUUCAGUAACAUUAAAUGAUGUGUUAAAUGGCUGACUUAAAACACAUAUAUUCUGGUAGCAAAGAACAAAGAUACUUGUGAUGCAGCUGAAAACAUGCCUCCUGAUAUAUAAAUGAAGCAAGUCAGUCUUUAUACAGUGGAGUUUUGAAAAAAGCAAAGACCAUAGUAAAAAGUUAAUUUAACUUAUUUUUACUAUAUGUUUUGGUUAUAUAAGGUUUUCUUUGAAUAACAACACUUUGAAAUUUUAUACUGUUUUUGGUAUUUCAAAGGAAUUUGGAUACAGAAUGGCUGCCUGGGUUUUAGGUAAACUCAUCAAGGAAAUCCUAAUAGAGAACCUUACAGGAAGUUUAGACAGGUUUGGUAUUCUUAAGGCUCUUAGGGUUGUUUGCAACUUGGAAACAGUGGCUGGCUUGGGUAAAAAAAAAGAAUUUAUUAGGACAGUUCACAGACUUUCUGGCCAGAGGCUGGCAUUAAGGGGAGUCCAAUGAAUGUCUUCCUUGGGUCGAUUAACAAUUGCACAGAACAAGUGCAGAGUUCAGCCUACACCCCAGCUUAUGCACACUGCAUGGCAUCAGAACAAUUAUAUAUGUUAACUACCAAGGUCAAAUACCUAUGCUUAUAAAAUUAACACUUUUUUGCUUUAACUAACACAGUUGAAGUUUCAGUCUGAAACUUUUUUUUUAAAAUGUUUUCUAGUAGUGUAUGUCAGUACAACUUAAAAUCUUCUAAGUAAUAAAACAAGUUUUAGGGGUAAUUCAUUUUAUUGAUGUGUUGCAAACCACCACCCAGACGUAUUAAUAAGCACAGAGGACUUAAGUAAUUCAGAAUCCUUUCCAGAAACUGGAAGCAGGAAUAAAAACCACUGUGACAAUACAAAACCACUGUAAAUUUUUAGGUAUUUUCCCUUCAGUAUUUCAAUAAACAUGAUUUCUUCCGGCAUGUAUUUAAUUUUAAGUGAACAUGAUUUACAGUUAUUUACUUUUUUAUUAUUACAGCCAUUAUAAAAGCCAUAAACAUGUUUCCAGAGAAAGCACUUUUUGAAAUUGUUACAGUAUUCUCUCAUAAAAUAGGAGGUAAGCCUGUGAAUUUAGUACUUUAGUUGUAGGCACAGCUUGCACAUGUGUGUCGCUGAUGUGAAACCACUGUCCUUUGGUUGAUUCCAUUUCAAAAUCUGUCAGGAGGAAAUGUAAAAUUAAAUAUAUAAAUGGAAAGA